GCGUGUGCGUUCAGCUUCCCGAUAUAAAAGCCUCAACCGCCCAUUCACCCGCCCGCAGUGUGUGCUAGAACGUAACAGUGACCACUACUACCGUGUAAAGGACUUAUUGUUUAACUAUGUAUUCUCGGAGUUUGUUAGUGCUAGCGGCCGCCCUCGGCGUAGCUGUUGCCCAAGAAUCCUUCAAAUGUCCCGAUGACUUCGGCUUCUAUCCUCACCACAUUUCUUGCGAUAAGUACUGGAAGUGCGACAAUGGAGUCGCUGAGCUGAAAACCUGCGGAAACGGACUUGCCUUCGAUGCUAGUGACUCCAAAUACUUGACUGAAAACUGCGACUAUCUCCACAACGUUGAGUGCGGAGAGAGGACACAGCUCGAGCCUCCGGUCGGAACUCCUCACUGCUCUAGACUGUACGGUAUCUUCCCCGAUGAGGCCAAAUGUGAUGUCUUCUGGAACUGCUGGAACGGUGAAGCUUCCCGCUAUCAGUGCAGCCCUGGACUUGCUUAUGACAGGGAAGCCCGUGUAUGCAUGUGGGCUGACCAAGUUCCUGAGUGCAGAAACGAAGAAGUCGCAAAUGGGUUCUCUUGCCCCGCCCCUGGUGAAGUAUCGAACGCCGGAUCUUUCAGUCGCCAUGCCCACCCUGAAGAUUGCCGCAAAUACUACAUAUGUCUUGAGGGAGUAGCUCGUGAAUACGGAUGUCCCAUCGGUACCGUUUUCAAAAUCGGUGAUGCUGAUGGCACUGGUAACUGCGAAGACCCCGAAGAUGUUCCCGGAUGCGAGGACUACUAUGGAGAUUUGGAUCUGAAGGCUAUCCGCAAGAGCGAGCUGCUCGCUGGUCUUCAGAGCAACGGCCAGGCCCACCAGCACAAAUCAAACCUGAAACCUCGUCCCCAAAAAGAAAACUAAACCUUUAUUCUUCCUUACUUAACCUUUAAUACUCACUAUAUAACUUCCGUCUUCGCACACCACAAACAAAGUGAUUGACCAGAAUUAUCAUAAUUCGGAUAACUCCUUACAGAAUUUGCUUGUCGUGUGUGUUGACGCUAAUUCAGGUUCAAAACGUUAUGAUUAAGUACGAAAACAAUUUGAUUUAUAUUCAUUUUCAGUUGCCAAAUACUUUUCUUGUUUUAGCCUUUAACAGUUUCACGAGGCAGGUUAGAAUGUUAGUAGAGAACAUACAGCGGUAGAAAUAUUUAUUUUAUUUAGAUGGUCCCGUUUAUCAUUUUAUUAAACGUUACAUUGACAUGUUGCAAUUAAUAUUUAUGAAUGAUAUAUAAAAUUUCUGGUGAAAACCCAUAGGGUUCGCAUUUAAGACUUAAGGUUCUGUAUACAAAAUAAAAAUCCGAUUCUAUCAAACGACCUUGUAAAUAUUCUAUAUAUUGAAUUAAUUCGCUGCGACUGAGUGUUGUUGUUUGAUAUAGAAACUGUAAUACUUAAGUUUUAUUUUUAGUGAUACAAUAAACAAAAUAUAUUAAAAUAAAA